ACAUUCAAUUGUUUAUCCGUGUUUAUCCGCGAAAAGUGUUAUACGUAUCAUGUGUCCGGAUCGGUGUUUUAUGUUUUAAUCAAAUUACGAGAUUGACAAGAAAUUCAUCGUAAGUACGAAGAGAAGUUGUAGAAGAGAGAAUUCCGUGUAAAAUACAACGAUGCGUUUCAGGUGCGGCGUAUGACUCGGUUUAAACGUUCUUUAGGAAAUCGUCGAUCGAUCGCCCGAUGACAGAGUCUCAAAGGUUCAUACCGGGCCCUCCGCAAUUGCCGCCUCUAUACAAGGGGCAAAAGAUUAAGCAGGGACCGUACACUGUCACGGUCACGGAUGACAUGGUAACGCAGAGAGAACGGGAGAACGAACAGUUAUACAGGGCUUGGCUCGAGCAACAACGAAGAAGACAAAUGGAGGGUGACGACGAAGAGUACGUCGGGGAUUUCAAGGAAGACACAGUUAGAAGAAGUUUCAUUCGGAAAGUUUUCUGCCUACUAACGGUUCAAUUACUGAUCACGUCCGGCAUCAUUGCGUUCUUUAUGUUCGUGGAUGACGCGAGGAAAUUUUUGAUAAUCCACUGGUACAUGUGGAUCAUAGCCAUGAUAUGCUUCAUGUGCUCCUUUUGCGCCAUAUCGUUUUCCGAGAGCGCGCGACGCACGCCACCUUUCAAUUAUAUAUGGCUGACUAAAUUGACGCUUUCGAUGUCGUACUUGGCCGCUUUCGCGUCCGUCUUUUACGAGAUCGAAAUCAUUCUGUUGGCGUUAGGCAUGACGACAAUAGUCACCUUGGGCAUAGCUUUUAUCGCGACGAUCACCAAGUUUGAUUUAACAAUGAGAACGGGACUGAUGACGGUCGCCGGGCUGGCUGCUGUAGUCUCUCUCAUUGUCUUAACGAUAGUCCUCUACUUUACGUACAUAACUGCGAUACACGUGGUGAUCUCGGUUAUAGGAAUGAUCAUAUUGUCAAUGUACUUGUUCUUCGACGUGCAAACGAUCAUGGGCGGAAGGAGGAUAGAGAUAGAUCCGGAUGAAGUGGUAUUUGCAACGGUUCAACUUUACGUUGACAUCGUGCUGCUGUACCAAUACAUUUUAAUGUUCAUGGGUCUGGUUCAUCGAUCAUAACGACGGGCGUGAAAU